AGCAAAUGGGGAAGGGACAAACCUCAACAAUCUACUUAAAAUAAAUAUACUUAUUUUAGGACGGCAUUUUUAUGUGUGUUAUUUGAAGAAAAAAACUGGCAUUUGUUUGUAUGACCCGUUUGUACUAACUACUAUUUUUAAGUUACCUGUAAUGCAUUUCAAUGUAGUAGCUUGCUGUGACCCAUUCAAUCUAUUUGACAUUAUGUCAAAUUUUAUUUUACGCUAAAGUGUGAUCUUCCUUGUUUAAUAUAUGUACAUGCAAAGUAUCCAUCUGGUGAGUAAUUUUGGUAAAUGUAGUAUAUAGCAACUUUAAUUUCAGAUUCACUGAGACAUUUUCAUGUAUUUACCGAAGAGAGGUUAGUAUAACGGGGAUGCGGGGAAGCCGUGGCCGAAUAGCGUGACGACUAACGGGAUAUUUGAACCAAUCAAAUCCCACCGCUGCGCCUCUUUCCACCAAUCACAGCGCGGCCGACUUCAUCCUUGUCUCACCAGCAACGACCAGCCGCUAGCUAGUUUAGCAUCAGUGCGGAUGAGAAGCUAAGCUACGGAGACAUCGGUCUACUGCCCUCUCUCUGGUUAUGCGUUUAUCCUGAACUCACAUUAGUUAACGGUCGUUCAAGUCCCGGUGGAAGAUGCAGUUCAUGCUGCUGUUCAGCCGGCAGGGAAAGCUGCGCUUACAGAAGUGGUACGUGCCCCUCUCCGACAAGGAGAGGAAGAAGAUCUCCAGAGACCUGGUGCAGACCAUCCUGGCCAGGAAGCCCAAGAUGUGCAGCUUCUUGGAGUGGAGGGACCUCAAGAUUGUGUACAAGAGAUACGCCAGCCUCUAUUUCUGCUGCGCGGUGGAGGAUCAGGACAAUGAGCUGAUCACCCUGGAGAUCAUCCACAGAUACGUGGAGCUGCUGGACAAAUAUUUUGGCAGUGUCUGUGAGUUGGACAUCAUCUUCAACUUUGAGAAGGCCUACUUCAUCCUGGACGAGUUCCUGCUGGGCGGGGAGGCCCAGGAGACGUCCAAGAAGAACGUGCUGAAGGCCAUCGAGCAGGCCGACCUGCUGCAGGAGGAGGCCGAGGCACCACGAAGCGUUUUAGAGGAAAUUGGGCUGACAUAAAUCGUCCCGCUGCCGCCUCGCAGUUCUUCCCCCCUGGGCUGCAGAUGUGGCAACCCUCCAUGCCUUUAUCCCGCUCUCCUGUUGUCUCCUGUGUCACCUUUGUGUGUAGUAUAAUCACCAUCUAUGUACUGUAUUACUCUGUUGUGAACAAUCGUUUUUUUUUUAUGUGCCAAGCGUGGUUUGAAUGUGCCUCCUAUGUACAAUCUCCAUCGCUGUUUUCUGCAGCCCUAUUAAUGUAACUUCACACCCCGAACUUCUUACAACUCCACACAGUACAAUGUAGCGACGACAUGAGAUCUGCAGCACCACAUUAAGGUCGUCCAUGUGUGUGCGUUUGGCUCACAGGGACUUUUUAAGGUGCUGUUGAAGCCACAGAUGGUGCUUCUAUGUUUAACCCUCACGGCUAAGCGUCCAAAUGCAUGAAGAAAAGCCCCCCAGCGAGGCUCCUUUAAUACCAUUCUAAAGGGGUUGGUAUAGAUCCAGCAAAUAACCUUUCUGGACUGUUGGAAUUUGGGAAAUUAGUUAUUAGUUAUUUAUCAUGCAGCCGUAAGAAUUUUUUAAUCUAGUGUUCGACUCUAGAAAUGUAACAAAACCACAGCAAGUGUUAUUAAAUGACCAGUUUUUGUUGGUUUUUCAAACGGUCAUUGUGUACUUGUUCCUUGAAAGACGUCACGCUCCGUGGGGAGUCCGAACGGUAAACACGAGAAGCACCAGCAGGGGGGCGCGGCUGUUUGUGGGACUCACAGCGUGUUUACCAUCGCUAGUGUCACACGGGUCCAGUCAACCCUCCACUCGCUCCAAUUGAUCAAUGUCAGCGUAUAUGUUGUGUAGGUUUGCUUCCCCUCCAGAAAUGAACCGUUUUGUUUCCUUUUCCGAACUCAAAUGUUUACCUUUUGUUAAAAGUGACCUUUAUUUGUGUAACUAGUUUAAUGUUUGUUGGAAUGUUCUGUGUCGUUCAUUUUUCUGUCUAAUUGACGUAUUCUCCUGACCAAAACAUUUAAGAUCUUAAUGGCUUCUGGAGUUAAACCUUCCUUAGGAAGAGUUUGAUCAAAAUCAAAUAAUCUCUAUUAUAUGUGGUGUGAUACUUUAGCUUAAACACGACCAAAGAACACGGUUUGACCGUCUCAAUGGUGUCUAAAGAACGCCGACAUGGCAGAAAAGGGAUUUAGAGCUACAAGAAAAACAUGCAUGUGGGGAUUAUUUGGCCACAAUAUACCAGUAUUAUGUCAUUAUUCCUAUCGAUCAGUGGACAGCUCAGCUCCAGUUUCUUUAUGGAGUCCGAAGGAAAGCACACGGACCGCACACACCAGGGUCGGUUCUACUCAUCAUGUGCUUGUUCACUCCUCAGUGUUCAGCUAAACAAGCAAACACGAAUAGAUGUUUAUCCAAACUUUAUCUGCAUUCUUAAAACCACAAAGUGUUUUUUGUUCAACAGUAAUUAUGUAACAAGUUCAUUGAUUUGUGCUAAAGAGAUCACUUUUUUUAUUAAACACUGCCAACACA